CACAAAGACUGUUGCUGAGUAACGUCACGCGGCAGUGGGAGAAUGACAAACUUUUAAACUGUUGUAAUGGUAAAACUGUCCCCCUGCAAGGAGUCCAGUCAGACCCACAGAGAGAUAAACUGCUGCCUCGGGGACUUUCUAAAUGUCUCAACGCAGUCGGAGACAGCUUUUUGGCACUCUGCCCGGGUUCAUUCGAGGGCAACAGAGGACUGUUGAUCUGGCCAUUCAACGCUGAACUAAAGAAGUCUCCUCGGGUCUGCAUGGUGGGUACAAAGCCUUCACUGGUGCAUCCCAGUUUUGGAGAAACCCCCUCCUCUCCAUCAUUAGUAGCACUUGCACAAUUACUUUUUUUUUUUUUUAGCUUUUCUUUCGCAGCUUCGGAGACGUCCUCCGCAGUGCUGCCGACUCUCCCUCUUCCAUCUCACCCUCCUCUCCUCUCCUCCGUCUGGCUGAGCAUGGCUCUGCCGGCUGUGUUGUUCCUGUUGGCUCUCACUUCCCUCAGUGCUGCAUCUGCACCCGACUGUAAGGAACUCGUCAGACCUUUUAUACCAGAGGACCCCAAACUGGUAGGUUUUCUCCAUCUUAUUCACCCCGACGAUAUGGGAUUUUAUUUUAAAAGAACAUCCCCAGGUAUUUGUAAUAUAGUUAUCUGCAUCUUGAUUUUUUUUAUGUGAAGAUUUUUGGGAAAUGGGUGUAUGUGAUGGGAGCUGGUGACCCCAAGCCCUACCACAAGGCGCUGGAGUCUCUGAAUAGCUCCUGGAUAGACUUGUCUCCCACCUCGGACAGUCGGGUCGUGACGUUACGUUGGGGCGAUCGCUGCUUUAACCGGUGUAUCUCGGGGGAAGUGAAUGCAACCGUCUCAGGCGUCGCCACCACAUUUCGUAAAAACCUUUCGGACCACAAAGGCCAUAUUAUACAGACUUGCUCCGACUGCCUGCUGUGGACGGACAUCUUUCGGAAUGGGGAGACCACCGGGAGAUUCAUCCUGCAGUUCACGAGAACCGGAAAAAAAGAUCCCGAAGAUGUCGAGAUGUUCCAGAAACAAAUCGGGUGUCUGAGCUUCCCAGAGAACUUCCACAGCUACGAUGGUGAAACAGAGCUCUGCCCCGAUGACAAGGAGUGAGCGGCAAGACAACAAAAAGAUGGAUAAACAGCAACAUAAGUAUUAAGCAACAUAUGUAUAAUGUAGUAGUUCUGUUUUGAUUUAAUUAAAUAGGUUAUGAAUGCUAGUGCAGUUCAAUUGAUUACUUUUGUUGCUUAUAUAAAUACAUAUACACUUAUCAAAACCUAGAGCGGCUGUUGGUCCUACAACAAUACAGCUACUACAUAACUUGUAAUGUUUUUCAGAUUAAAACUAAUUAUUAUUAACUGUGUAUAACCUAUGAUUCACUGAAAACAAGAAUAUGAAAAAAUAAAUAAUGGCAUUGUGUACAAGCUCUCUGUGAAAUUAAACACGCAUAUCAAACACUGUCAUACUGGUGGGUAUAUUAUGGGAUGGCAAAACAACUAAAAGCUCAUUUAAGUGGACUUAGCACUGCAAGGCACCGGACACACUCCUUUCACCCAACCCAAGCAUUUAGAUCCAUGGAUUCAGAUAUAUUAUACGGUAAGUACAGUUGGGAGACGUGUCUUUCAUUACCUUCGCAUUGAAAAUGCGGAAGGUUAUGUUUUGAUCGCCGUGUAUUUAUUUAUUUAUUUGUAUGCGUGUUAUUCGCAUAACAAAAAAAGUAUGAAACCGAAUCGCACGAAAUUUGGUGGGAUGAUUGGUUAUUAUCCGGGGACCAUUUGAUUAGAUUUUGGGAUCAAUCGGGUCAAAGGUCAAGGUCAAGGUCAUGGAUAGGUCAAAAUCUUCUUUUUACCAUAGCGCGGUCAAUUUUUAUCCAAUUGUCAUGCAACUAAUGCCAAAAUGUUCAUAAUUCAAUGCCCAAUCUUGUGAUAUGCGAAGGUAUGCGCUCUACCGAGUGCCCGUUCGUUUAUUUAUUUAUUUGUAUGCGUGUUACUCGCAUAACUCAAAAAGUAUUGAACGGAAUUGCAUGAAAUUUGGUGGUAUGAUUGGUUAUCAUCCGGGGACCAUUUGAUUAGAUUUUGGGAUCGAUCGGGUCAAAGGUCAAAAUCUUAUUUUUACCAUAGUGCGGUCAAUUUUUAUCCCAUUGGCAUGCAACUAAUGCCAAAAUGUUAAUAAUUCAAUGCCCAAUCUUGUGAUAUGUGAAGGUAUGCGCUCUACCGAGUGCCCGUUCUAGUUGAUUGUGUUGUUACUGUGUUUUAAUUUAUGCGUAAUGAUUCCUUCUGGUCACAUGACAUCUAUUGUUCUGUCCAUCCUGGAGAGGAAUCCUCUUCUGUUGUUCUCCUGAAGGUUUCUUCACUUUUUUAUCCCCCUGAAGGGUUGUUUGGGCGUUGUUCCUGAUCCGAUGUGAGGUCAAAGGUCAGGGAUGUCUAUGUGUACAGAUUGUAAAGCACUCUGAGACAAAUUUCUAAUUUGUGAAAAUGGGCUCUACGAAUAAACUGAAUCUUCUAAGCCAGCA